AUGUAUGUGGUAGCCUUUAAGACGUUGCUCGCGCAAAUAGAAACUCCGCAUGCAGAUGCAAACUUACUGGCUCCCAAAGAACAAGCAACCUUACUGGCCCUGGGGUGCGGCGAUAAAUCUGAAGCGGCCUUUACAGAAUGCGUCAGCCAGAUUGUACGCAUGGCAACCACUCAUGGCGCUGCGGUGGCGCUGCGUUAUGAGACAAUGCAGGGCAUGGGGACGAUGGAUUAUGCGACGUUACUAGCAAGAGCACAACGACUGGCUCUUGCGUUGCAGGCCCAAGGGAUCGGCAGCGGACGGCGGGUAGGGAUUGGUGUGGGCCGUAGCCCUGAACAACUGAUUGCAGUGUUGGGCGUCAUGUUAUCCGGCGCAGCCUAUGUUGCUCUGGAGCCGGGUUAUCCGGCGCAGCGGCUGGCCUAUAUCAUCGAAGAUGCAGACCUGUCGUUGGUGUUGACCACGAUGACGUGGAUGGAUGCACUGCCGUUAGCGGAUGUCGAUGUGCAGGUGCUGGAUGGGAUGCUGGAGGAUGAAGACUGGCUCAGUGAAUUCGCUUCAGGUCCGAUAAUGGCGGUGGAUGCCAAGAGUGAAGCUUAUGUCCUCUACACCUCAGGCUCAACAGGUGAGCCUAAAGGGGUUAGUGUGAGCCAUGCCGGGUUGGCAAAUUACCUCAAUCAUGCGAUGGGUUAUCUGACUCCAGUGAUGGUAGGCUCAGUGGUCAGUUCUCCUUUGUGUUUUGAUGCAACACUGACCACGUUACUGACGCCAUUGUGUCUCGGUAAAGAGGUGGAGAUUUUAGGCGGUGACGACGGCAGUGAAGAUGUCAGCGGGAUGCUGGAGCGGCUAAGCACUCGCUUAUUCAGUGAUGUAUCCCGUUUGUUUAAAAUCACCCCCGCCCAUUUGGAUGCAUUAAGUGCCGGGCGUGAGGGGCGCAGCGGCGACGCUGAACACGUGAUAGUCGUAGGUGGAGAGCAGUGGUUGUCGGGGAGUGCACGGCACUGGAAAACGAAUGUACUGCCUGCGAGUGUGUUUGUGAAUGAAUAUGGACCGACAGAAACGGUCGUGGGUUGUACGGUCUACCGGAUAGAGACACAGGCAGAUGUGGAUGGCUUGCGAGGGGAUGCGGUGCCGAUAGGACGCCCGAUAGCGAACACGCAGGUUUAUGUGCUGGGGGCUCCCGGGGUCGAUGGUCGCCUUGGUCAGCUCCAGCCGCAGGGCAGUGUGGGGGAAUUAUAUAUCGGAGGGGUGGGCGUCUCACCGGGUUAUGUGGGUCGUGCAGAGUUGACGGCUCAGCGGUUUAUGGCCAAUCCAUAUGAUACCGGCCGGAUGUACCGCAGCGGUGAUUUGGUCCGCUGGCAGGAUGGCGAGCUGGUGUUUGUGGGGCGUAGCGAUGAGCAGGUGAAGCUUCGGGGCUUUAGGAUAGAGCUGGGUGAGAUCAGUGCUCGCUUGCAAUCACAGGAAGGCGUGCAGGAAGCGGUUGUCGUCGUCCGGGGUGAGGGCACUGAGCGCCGGCUCGUAGGUUAUGUGGUGCUCAGCGAAGUCGAAGAAGCCGGAUGGGUUGAGCGUUGUGAGCAAUUGAGAGUGGCGCUGGGGCAGAGUGUCCCGGCGUAUAUGGUCCCCUCGGUGCUGAUAGCUCUUGCGUCAAUGCCGUUGACGGUCAAUGGUAAGGUAGACCGCAAGGCGCUGCCGGCACCCGAGCUGCAACAUGCGCA